AUGGAUAUUUCACCCACAAUAUCCCUCACUGAAACUGAUUCAGAUUCCAGCAGUUCAGAGAUUAAGAGGAAGUGGUCUUUUGAUGAAUUACUACUACCUUCCCUUCAAACUAGUAAACAUUCUUUUCUAUCUGCUCAAGAGUCACCGUACUUUUUCAACGUCUACAAUAACAAGUCUAUGACUGCACCGUCAUCACCAAAGGGCCUGCCUGCUAUUACACCAAACAACUCACCUAAAUCUCAAUUCCCAGGCAUUAAUCCAUAUUCAGCGUCUUCAAUGACUUUUAAUCCAUCUUCAACGAAUGAGAACAACUCAAUUGCUGCUAUGAAUGUUAUGUUACCUACUUUAAAGAAUUUAAAAUUAUUACCGAAUCCAAAUAUCCAGAAUCAUUCGCGCAAAUACCCGGACACGUCAGAACGUACCCAAUUCUGGAGACAAAACCUCAUCAGUUGGUGCAGAAAGUCGACUUACCAACAGUACAAACAAAUUGAAGACGAAGUUGCCAGCAUGAACCCUGCCAGACAUCAAGGCUUACAUAUUCUUGCCAAUACGGCUUAUGUUUCUUCAGUUUUAUCGCCGAAAGACCAAUUUUACCAACUAUCAAAUAGCUCAGUAAACGAAAACAUCGUUAUUACUCCUCCGGUUAGCCCCAGAAAUGACCAACCUAUUGGCAUAGAAUAUAAUAAAUUUAAUCCCGCUGUCAGUGAGAAAUUGGUUCAAACAAUUCGGAAAAAAAGGCUCUCUGCAUCCACACAUAAAAAGUCGAAUAGCUGUCAAGCUCGAGAGCUCAAAAAGCUUUUGGAAACCCGAAGUUCGGUGAGCCCAGGUAAUGUAAGUAGCAGCCACAACACCUCUGCCGGAAGGAUAACGAAAAUAUCUAAGGCGGGUAAUUCGAGACCUUCAUCCCCACCACAUCACACAACAGUACCAAAUGGUAAUACACUACCACCAGGUACAGAAGAGCAGCCCGACCAGCGGAAAAUAAAACAAUCAAUUUCUCCAACAGCGAACUCGAAACGUAUCGACAGCUUUCCCAGUGACACGUUGCAUGUAUCAGAAUCUAUGACACCCCAAAAUGCCGCCGACAAACUGCACCGAGUCCAUCAGAUAAUAAAAACAGAUACAAAAGCGACGUCAAUGACGCCACUAAACUUUCAGUCAUCAGAUACCCAUACCGCGUCUUCAGAAUUAUCACGUACUACAUCUGUUAGGCGGUCCCCUACAUCGUCGCUGAAAUCCCCCGGCAGAAAGUCCUAUGUCCGUAAAUGUCUCUCAUGCCACUGCACAGAUUCUCCAUGUUGGAGGCCAUCCUGGUCGGAUAAGAAACAAGACCAGCUGUGCAAUUCAUGUGGAUUGAGGUACAAAAAGACCCACACAAGAUGCCUAAACGCAGCCUGCCGUAAGAUUCCAAGCAAGGGUGAACUGACAUUAAUGAAAACCAAUCCACUUACGACAGGAACGUCGGAGGAUGGUUAUGUCAUAAACGGCCUGUCUUGUCUUUUCUGCGGAAAUAUUGUAACUACCCAAGAAUGA